UAUUACUACAAUAACAUAUGACGUCCUGUUGAUAGUCACAGGAAUUGAUAUAUUACAUGCAUUACGUGCUCAUGAUUGCUAGGCGUACAUUGCAUAUUUACCGUGCUUCAAGUUACAGUAUCUAUGCAGUGCUGUUUACAUACUCCCUGACAGAUCGGCUGUGUUUCAUAGUUAGAUAACUCUUCAAUACAAAACUACUUCCUUGUCUGGCAAAACACCGAGUGAACAGUGUGUGACCUAAAUGUGUACAUGAUGUUUCAUACUUUAUGAAAUAUAGAGGUUAACCAUCCUCCAGUGUACACUGUAUCGACUGACUGGGAUAAACAAGGAAUUGUUCAGCAAGUAUUUAUGGAUUGAUACAAGCUGUAAUAACAAGGGAUGUUCACGGAGAACGCCAUCUUUCUAUAAUAUCCAACAAUCUAGGAUUAUAAGUAUAACCGACUUAUUACUGAAAUCAGUUGGUGUUGAAAUUUCGUUGGCGGCGAGUCAAUGGGUUCUCGGCUCCCCCCUGCCUUGUUUUUGGUGUGUGUUAUAACAGGACAAACCAGAGGUUCUCUACAUCUGACCCCAUUUCCUACCAGGACAACGGAAGGGAACACCUACACCCUGAUGUGUAGCAGCACUGCAGGUAGUCGGAACAUACAGUGGUCGAGGAACAGUGAUCUCAUCGUACGUACACGUUAUGUGUCUGCUACUCGGUGUGAAGAAGAUGUAAUCAACCCCCCCCGCUUUCAACACAUUCCUGUCAGGACGUAUCAAUACCAGCUGCGAAUUUAACCAACACAAUGUAACACUCAGGAUCACCGCGCAACAAGACAAUGGCUCUGUGUGGAGGUGUGAGGAUACUGUGAAGGGCGACAUGAGCAACAACCUAACUAUAGUAAAUGCAGAAGAAAGUAGUGCAGCGUCGCCCGUCACAUCAAUGACAUCUCCGACAGCGUCAAGUGAACGUAGAACUUCUAUCAGCGAAGAGGUGAUGACUGUACGAACAACUUCUUCGCAAUCUUCCGUCACUUCAUUCAUAGACAGAACCACCUCAAACACAGAUACACCGAAUGUCGUCUACAUUGUCAUCGGAGUUAUAGGUGGAGCUGUAGUUGGCUGCGUCAUCACCGCCGCAGUCGUCAUCGCGUGGAUGAAGAAAAGACACAUGAGAAGAGAAGAAAACAUCAACACACCAAACAUCUACGAUUCAGCCUCCCAUUGUGAAGACAUGGAUCACCAGUACGGCAGCGUAGAGAAGCAGUACGUCAACACUGUGGAGGGUACAGAGACUGAUACUCCAGAUUAUGUGAACACAGAUGAAGACAAGCGGGACACAGCCUACUACAACAUAGUACAUGAUACAAACCUGCCUUGAAGGUCCCACAAAUACAGCAGACACCCCUAGAAGGAUUCUGUGAUAUUGAAGUAUUGCGAUCAGAAUGAUGUGAAUGAUCUAUGCAAUGGUUAAAAUGAAAUGUCCUGGAAUAUUCAAUAUUUACAAGACAAAUAUCCGUAACUCUCUACAUAAUGCAUGUACAUACUACACGUUUUGUGCACAUCAUAGUUGACGUCAUGCUGGCAUCAUUGUUGACGUCAUGCAGGCAUCAAUGUUGACGUAAUGUAGGCACCAAUGUUGACGUAAUUCAGGCGCCAUUGCUGAUAUGACGUAGUCAUCAUUCAUAACGUAAAAUAGAUACCAUUGUUGAUGUUAUAUUGACAACAUUGUUGCCGUAAUGCAGAUAUCAUUGUUGAUGUACUGGAGGCACCAUUGUUGACGUACAUUGCUGACGUAAUUUAGACACCAGUGCUGUUGUAAUGUAGACAACAUUGUUGUUGUAAUGUAGACAACAUUGUUGUUGUAAUCUAGACACCAUUGUUGUUGUAAUCUAGACACCAUUGUUGUUGUUGUAAUGGUGAUACCAGUGUUGUUAUAAUGUAGACACCUUUGUUGUUGUAAUCUAGACACCAUUGUUGUUGUUGUAAUGUAGACACCAGUGUUGUUAUAAUGUAGACACCAUUGUUGUUGUAAUCUAGACACCAUUUUUGUUGUUGUAAUGUAGACACCAGUGUUGUUAUAAUGUAGACACCAUUGUUGUAAUGUAGACGCCAUUGUUGUUGUAAUACAGGCACCAUUGUUGAGGUUAUGAAGAUGACAUUGUUGACGUAAUGAAGAUGUAAAUGUUGAUAUAAUUCAGGCAACAUUGUUGACGUAAUGCAGACACCAUUGUUCAACAAUCGGUCAAUGUCACAUCAAAUUUGAUAAGCAUGAAAGAAGCUCUAAAUGUGGGAGGAAUGGAAGAAUGCUUAUAUUAUGACAAGCAUAGAAGAUAUUUAACACGUGUAACAUUUUAUGAUAAUAAUAGAGGUUUGUA